AGGGAUUCUUGCGCUUUACCCUGCAGCCGAGACAGCACACUGACUGAGAUCUGCCACCCGAAUCCGUGGCCCGGCGCAUUUGUUGUUUCUUGGGGCGUGGUGCGUAGUGCGGCAAGUGCCGCUCGGAACCAAGCACCAGCACCAGCAGCUCCACGAAACGACUCCACCACCACGACACUGCACUCCAGCACGGCGCUCCUCGUCCCGCUCGCUGUGGCGUUGCAUAUCUUCAUUCCUAGCGUAGACCUGCGAUCUCGGUGGAACGUGAUCGUGCCGAUGCGACCGCCGCCCUGCCUUUACCUUCGCUUCGCAGCACGUCACCAUCGCCGAUUAUUUGAUAUCUGACCACAACGCCUCUACGAUCUUUCCCACCGCGCACCAUAGCACGCUCAAACUCGACCACCAACGCUAGACACUGCCCGCCAUGUCGUUCUUCGGCUUUGACACGACGCACCCGAAGGACCGCGGUCACUCCACGGGCGCUCCCGGCUUCGGCCACCAUGACGCCUUUGCCGGCCUGGGCGGAGGGGCAGCCGACGACGAUGCCAUCGAUUUCGAAGAGACAUACGACGGUCUCGGCGAGCAGCUUGACGAGACAGAUGACGCUUUCAACGAUGACACGUUCGGCGGCGGCCCCGCGUCCCAGCAGACCAUUGGCAAAGACUUCGACUUCGCCGGCCAGACCUCCAAGAUAGCAAACACUCUGCAAGAAGAGCAGAUGCUUUACCAGGCUCGCCAGCCCCCGCCGCCGCAGAAGCCUCCCGUCCCGCACGCCUCGAAGCCCAACAGGACUGGCUACGAGAGCUACCAUGACCCGGAUUACAUCCCUCAAUUAGAGGCGAGGGCCGAUAUCUGGGGCCUGAAGCCCAAGCAGCCCGCCGCUGCAAAACAGCCGGAGUCCCAGCCAGCUGUGCAUGCUGCGCCGGGGAAGAGGAUGAUGAGCCUCGAAGAGGUCGAGGCCAUGAUGCGUGCUCAAACUCUCGGCCAACUACACGCUACCCCUCCCAUGCAGCCUGCCCCAGCUCAAGCUGCGCCCGCACCAGCUCCUGCACCCCAUCCACAGCAGAUCCCACAUGGCCAACCACAGUACCCUGGAAUGCCCGGUCAAUUUGUGCCUCAGAUCCUACAGCGACCCCAGCAGCAUCAGCCUCAAGCUCCAGCUACAUCUAGACAACAGCCGGUUCAUGUCGAACUCCCAGGCCAUCCCGUUCGUGGCCAGGCCCCGCAGCCUGCGACCAUUCUGCAGCGACAGAGACCAGCCAAUGAACCUGUGGCCCAGCAACAGCGGCACGCGCCGCCCCAUGCCCAGACACAGGGACAGUCCUCCCAGCCCAGACAAAUCCUGCAGAAUCCGAACCGCUUAUCUGGUCAUGGCCAGCCAAUGGCACAGUCAGGUCAGAUGGGUCCUCGUGGUUCCGUGCCAGGCCACACCAGAGGUCCAUCGUUCCCAGGGAUGGUCAUCACUCACCCGGAGCAGCUCCUGGCGCUCUCAGCGGAAGAGCGCGCAGCUUAUCUUGAGGAGGACGCCAAGCGUGCCAAGCGGAACCACAAGAUUGCUCUGCUGGCCAAGGACAAUGGAUUGAUGACCCCGCAGGACAAGAACUUCAUUACCAGGAUCCAACUGCAGCAGCUCAUGUCGGCCACAGGCAACCUAGAUGAGAAAAGUCCAGAGGCUGCUAUCGCUGAAGAUUUCUACUACCAGGUCUUCAGCCAGAUGCGUGCUCCGCGACAGAACCCCAACCAGCCUGCGAACCAGUUUGCGCAAACUUAUCUGUUCCAGACCAACAGCAGGUUCGGUCCACGCAGGCACGGACGUGGCGGCGACAAUCAUAUGCAACGCAUGGAGCAACAGGUUCAACGGGCGGUUGAAGCAGCAAAAGCCAAGCCAAAGGGGAAACAACUUGUCAUUGAAGGCAGCCUUGGAAAGAUUGCAUUCAGCAACGCGAAGACUCCUAGACCUCUGUUGAACCUCAAGCGGCCGGAGACGGGUGACAAACAUCCGAAACACCACAAGUCUUCUGUCGCCGACCGAAAAGAGACUCUUCGCAACAUCGAAUCGGUCUACAUGACUCUGAUGCACAUGGAGGAUCACGAGCGAGCCCUGCCUCCUCCUAUUAACGAAGAUAGCCCUCCGGAGGCGAUCCAAAACCAUAUGGAAUGGCGCAGCAAGAUCGAGGCCUUGCACAAGAGACUUUGGCAAGCCAUCAAGAUCAUGGAACCAAUCAACCCUCAGUCCUCCACUCCGCACCCGUUCAUCUCGAUCCUCUCACAUGCCAAGGGAAAGAAAGCCAUUCCACGGAUCUUCCGUCAUAUUGAUGAGCAAGAGCGCAUCACGGUUGUUACCAUGAUUGUUGUUCACCUCGACAACCUCUCCGUUGUUUCUCACGCUAUUGCAACGCCAGAGGAGCCAUUGACUGCCGCUAUGCGCGAAGAAGUAGAGCUCUUCUCGCACACCGUCAUGCCGCCUGUCUUCGCUCAUAUCUCUGAAUCGCCACUCAACAUUGUUAUUGGCCUUCUUGGGUUGAUUCUUGAUCGGACGAACCUGCACAUUGUGGUCCGCAGCAAGAUUGGCAUGACCUUGCUUACGAUCCUCAUUUCCCGCGCAGAGCUCUUGAAGCAAUCGGCUCCCGAGAUCGAUGUGACCGACUGGGAGCAGUGGACAGAGCUCUACAACCGCUUGUUCGACACGGUCGAGCCUGUCUUGCCUUUGCUCUUCCCUGGCACCGUCAACGACACCGAGGAUAUGUAUGUCUGGCAGUUCUUGGCUGCAAUGGGCGUUGGUGCCAGUCCCGAGCAGCAGCAGAGACUUGUCAUUGGGGUCAAGGACCGCGUUAUGGAGACUGUCACCGUGAGCAAGGCGCUGCCAGCCGAGAUGGCUGGAGCACGGCUGGCGAAUGUCAACCUCUUCAUGAGAGCUAUUGGCUUGGACGUGGAAUUGCUUGGUUGAAGCAACGCAAUGACAGAUGAGGUGAACGUUCCAAAUCCGCUGCCCUCCGCUUUCAGAAGGGAGGAUCAAGUAGCGCGGGGAAGGAUUGCUAUCGACCAAAGAAGCCGCUGCCGGUGCUUUGUGGCGGAGCAUCGCAGCGCCAUCUUGGUCGUUGCAUAGCUAGGAUGAUGAAGAGGUCGUAGAGAGUUGAGGGCAGGCUAAAUGGACGACUGUAGGUAGACAAGGCCGAUGAACUCACCAUUUGUUUGUGGAAGAGACGCUGGUGGGUGAGGAAAUAGCGGAGGAGAUUCCUGCAUUAUCAUAGUCAACAACCAAAAGCUUUCUUGUCAUUGCGCCCGUUCAGCGUUCGAUGUGGCAACCAGCCCGCGUAUUGGCGGACUAAUUAGGUUCCAAAACAGAGACG